GUCACUCGCGUCGCGCUGAUAUUUGCGUCAUUGCUGCUUCCCAGGUUUUAGCAAGAUGGCGGCGAGGGCACCGGUUGCAGCCACGGGCCGUUUUAUGGACACCUUGUGCAAGUGGUAUUAUGGCCUCGCAGGAUUCAACAAGCUAGGUUUAAUGCGUGAUGACACCAUAUACGAAGACCCUGAAGUACAAGAGGCAAUCAAGAGGCUGCCACCCAAGCUGUAUGAUGAUCGAGUCUUCCGCAUCAAGAGAGCCCUGGACCUGGAUAUGAAGAAAUCAAUCCUCCCAAAGGAACAGUGGACAAAAUAUGAAGAGGACUUUCCUUAUCUGCAGCCAUACCUGAAGGAAGUAUUGCGUGAGAAGAAAGAGCAGGCAGAAUGGAGUAAGAAAUGACGUGGCCGUCCCUGCUCAGAGAUUUUUCUACUAUUUAUCCCUCAUGUCCACAGUGGUGGAUUGGACCUUCUAACUUCUCGUGCCGGUCUCUCUACUAAAAUGCAGCCAAUAAAGAAACCGUUUCAAUCAUUA